AUGAACACUUCUAGUAAAAGACUUAGCAAAGCACUUUCGCUUAUUUCAUCCUACCUCACUGUGCUGGUUAUAGCCAUCUCCAUAAGCUCCUUUCUGAUGAACAGAGAAAAAGGAAACUGCAGGCCUGUUUUACACUCAGCCACAGCAUCAUCCAUUGUAUUUACGCCAAACUUAGACCUCACAAGCAAAAUGAACUACAAUGUGAAAGAGGCAUACAUCUAUCUGGUCCACAAAACAAACGUGAAGGGAAUUGACGUAGAGAAGGUUGUGUGGAGCACGCUUGCAAAGACCAGCAAAACAUACACGCUAAACCACAGAGAGUUUGGAAGCUCAGACGACUACACGCGCCCGCUGUUCCAGGGAUCCUUCCAUCUAAAGGGAACAUACUUUCCGUACAUAGGAUUUAUAAAAAAUGUAACAUUUGCAGAAUUUUCAUCACUGCGUUCAUAA